AUGGCGUCUGCUUUCCCUUUGCCGUCAAAACUAUUAUCCACCAAACCUUACGAGGUUGCUAACGACGUCUCGGCUCACACAACCUCCCAUAUCGAGAUCUGUCACGCUACGGUACAUCUAAGCAAACCCUCGCUGCCCAAGCGCCGGAUGGAGAAUGAUAUACCCCAGGCAGUUCGGAACUGCCAUACUUGCAAGCAAGACCUGCCCGAGGUCGAGUUUCGAAGCGUCAAGGACCCUGCGAGGCUUACGAGACAGUGUAGUAGCUGUAGGGCACGCCAAAAGGAGCGAGUGGCCGAAUCCCGAGCCGCCGUUGCCGCCAUGCGGAACAUCGCCUCGAGGCUAUCGCCGCGCAGAACGACGAAGAGGACCGAUUCUCAGGCUCAAUUGACGCCUCCACGGCGAAACGCGCAAGCGCUCGUGUCCAUCAAUAGCUCACAACCCCCUGCAACGCCUGCUGUAUUCCGUGGUCUGGCGCCCGUCCUCCAGGGACUGCCUAGACCUCUGCUGGGCCCAUCUACCUCAAGCGCAGCGGAAGGAGCCCUCCCUAUCCCUCCCACCUUAAGCCCGCCAAGAGUAGUUCUGGGCACGCCGAUUCCUAGUGACACGACCACAACGGCUCCUAUUAUGCUAGGCACGCCUGUGCCACAGGAAUCGUUCCCUACCACUGCUUCAUUACUGCCACAGGGUCAUCGCCGCGGCCGCUAUACACGUCAAGGCAUCGUGAACCGACGGCCACGGCCACAGCUUCAAGAACGACAGUUUGAUCAGAUAGUUGAUCCACCUUUUACAGGGGACCUUGAUUUGCCUGCCCUUAGUGAGGAGGAUCGGGCGCUUGUGCGGGAGUUCUAUACUGCCCUGAAUGACGACAAGAUGCAUAGUUGCAUUCGCUGCCGGGAGCAUUAG